AUGCCUUGUUUGGAGAAUAUCAAGUUUUUUCGAAAACUUAGAGAAAAAGUUGUUACUAAACACUAUUGUUGUUAAAGUAAGUACCUAAUGUUGUGGGAAAGUUUAUAAUAAGUAUUGGCGGAAAUAUAUUGAACGGAAUAAUUUUGAUUAAAUUGCAGGUUGUGAAAUACUGUGUAUAUAUUUGUUUGCUAUGUUACUGGUGCGGUGUUAUUUUAUUUAUGGAGUCAUGUUUUGUGCCAAGAUGUUCAGAAGGUUCAUGGUACAGCAACGUAUUAAACUGGGAGGAUUUGGUACCCGAAGUUACUAUAAGCAGGAAAGAGUUUCCGUUAGUGACUUCUAUUUACUUCGCGACAACCAUGAUACUGGCGGUUGGUUACGGAGACUUGGCUCCCGGAGAUAUGUACGACAUGAGCUUCGUGGCGUUUUUCAGUCUGUAUGGUGUGUUGUUGAUCGGAUACUGUGUUGCUGAAUUUUCAGCAGUCGUUACACAUUCAUCCAGGACAAAAACUGCAUUUUUAGAAGUAAUACUAACAAUCGACAAAUUUAUGGAAGAAAACAAAAUGCACCGAUCUAUUAAAGAACGAAUAAUGGCGUUCUAUGAACUGCAAUGGCACUACAACCUGGGAGUGGAACUAACAAGUGACAAUUGGUUAGAAAAGACUGUAGUCCCUGCUGAGCUACGCAAGAAAGUGCUGCAUCAAGCACGAUUCAAAACUCUUACGUCCAUCAAAUUCUUUCAAGUAAAGAAUAAGGAAUUUAUUCAUACUCUGACUGAAUCGGCAAGAGAUAUAAUACUUCCGCCUGGAGAGAUAGUUUACUACGGCGGUACAGUUUCAAGGGAGCUUUAUGUUAUUGAGAGUGGGUACUGCUUAUUGACUUCCAAAGAGCUCAGAGAAACAAAGAAAGAACGCGUUAUUGGACCUGGCAAUCACCUAGGCCUCUUAGUUUUGCUUUACGGUGUGCCUGCUGUGAGCUCAGUGGUAACUCUGACGCAUUGUAAGUUAAUAAGCAUUGGGCAUUCAGCGUAUACUUCAGCCUUGAGCCUUUUCCCCGCUAUGAGGGAACACGACGACCUGCUGAAACCGGAUGAGCUACAGUACAUAGAAGAUUUAGCUGCAGCGCAAUCUACUGAUGACUAUUUGAAACAUCACAUGCACACUAAAGAUAUAAAGAUUAAGAUAACAAGCAUGUUUCAGAACUUUUUUGACGAGUCUUUCAUAAAUGUUUACAAACAUUAUACCAGUCAGAAGCAGAGUUACUUCAAAUCAUACAAACAGUUUAAUACUCUGGAAUAUCUUGCACCAUAUGUAUUAAUUCCUAUAGUUAUAAAACCGGACGGAAUUUUCCUCAAAACGUGGGCUUUGCUACGUGUGGCAGCAGCAUUUUUAUUAUGCUUAAUGAUACCUAUCACAGUUUCAAUGGCACCAAUGUUCCAGAUGUUUAACAUUCCAAUACUAGUGUUGGAGUGUUUCUGCUACAUCGACUUAUACUUGAUGUUUCAUGUCGCUUACUACGGCUCUAAGAACCAACUGAUUAUUCAUCCGUAUUUGACUGCUAAAAACUAUUUAAAGAGGGCAUUUAUUAUAGAUUUUCUGACUUGCUGGCCAUGGUACGCGCUCUGGGAAGGGUUCAUGCCCAAACACAACGAAGGUCACACGAUCGGCGAACAUGACAAAAGUCCCCACAUGUACCACUGUUUACUAAGAAUGAUCAAUGUGUUGCAAAUUUAUAAACUGUACGCUGUUUUCUGGACUGAAUCUAUAGGCGCUUUGAAACGGGCCUACGUCAUGAGUGUAGUACAAUUCAUUCUAUUAAUGUUGUUCUUUUUGAACUUCUACACCUCAUUAAUAAUAACGAUGUCCUGUCGAUUUGUCGUAGCAUCGAAUCCUCAUGAAUUUACAGUUAUAGUCAAAAAUCUGACUUUAGAAGGGCCGCUCUUAGAUACCGUAUUCUACCCGGAAGGAAACAUGGUUUGUAAAAAAGGCUCAUGGAUAGAUAAUGCGAGAGACAUCAUAAUCUCAGAUCACAUAUCGCCCAAAACAGCAAUUUUACUGGGCUACUACUGGACCGCUUCGACUUUCAGCGGGGCCGGGUUCGGGGACAUCACGCCCCAAGACACUACCAACAUGAUUAUGUCCAUAUGCAUAUCGAUACAUGGAGUUUUGUUCUUUGGAUACGUUUACGCAAGGAUUGCGUCUCUAAAAGCCAUGGCUGAUCAGAUGGUAACAAAAUUUCAAGAAAACUUAAAACAAUUAGAUUUUUUCCUAACUAGAGAAAAAGUACCUACGAUAUUAAAACAAAAUGUAAUGGAGCACUGGAAAUAUCAAUGGAAAAGAACUGGCGGUUGGUCCCACCAAACCAUCCUGGGCAAACUGCAUGCCAACCUGAACGAAGACGCGGUAUUAUACAUGUAUGAAAAGACAUUGCAAGAGAUACCGCUCUUUGAAGGCGUUGAAUAUUCAUUUUUUAGAGCGUUUGCGAAGAAAUUGAGCGAGCUGUACUUUCAGAAGAGAUACAUGGUUAUACGGGCCAAUGAAGUGAUUAGUCAUAUGUACAUAAUUUAUAGAGGAAAGGUGGACAUUAUAUCGGAAUACAAUGAAGUGGAGGCCUGCAUGGGACCCGGCGGGAUCUUCGGCAAUAUACGAGGAGCAUCAAUGUAUCUUACUAUGUCCAAUGUUGUUGCUUCAAGAAAUAUUGAUUUACUGCGUAUUGAUGGCGUUGAGUUUUAUGCCCUGUUAAAGAGUUACCCAUCUGUGUUGCAAAAAGUAAGGAAUUCUGUCGACAACGCGCCGAAAGAUUACGUUCUGCCUUCAAUGCUAACAGUAAAAUCAAGCAUACAUGUUCAUAGGCCGAAUUCAAUGCCAGAUAGUUCCGACGAGGAGGACAAUGACGAUCUCGAUGUUUAUAUGGAAAGCCCGAGCCCGCAGAGAAGCAUAGCCGAAUCGCACGGAUCAAGAUCUAUUACAUCGGCGGGGAAUGUGGAAUAUGUAUCAGCUAUCCUUUUACUGUUUAAACCCCACAGAUGGUUUCGUAGUAGCGUAAUACCGGAUUGCAAAUGGAUUCAAUUCAUGGAGUAUUUCAUCAGUUUCUUGUCUUACGUAGAUUUCAUGACCCUAGUUUAUCAAUUGGCAUUCCAGUCAGUGCCAUAUUUUUACUACAUAUGUAUUAUAACAGACUUGAUUUUCUUUUACAAACUGUUUUUGGACGUGCAUACCGGUUACAUGAACCGUUAUGGAGAAUAUGUAUUAAACCCAAAGAGAGUAAGACAACUGUUUUUCUCGAGAAGAUUUCAAAGAAGACGCGAUUUUUUGGCUAACUUGCCAAUAUCAUACAUAGUUUUUGCGCUAAAGUAUCUGAAUCCGGGAGUAAAAAUGAUUUUCUUCUCCUAUCUGCGAACGCCUCAGCUCUCGAGGAUUUCAUAUUUAUUUACUAACAGAACUCACAGGAAAGUAAACAUAGGCUCUGCAAACCUCUUCAUUAAACUAGCGACGAUUGGUAUUUGGGCAUCCAUCCUUUCGCAUAUAAACGCAUGCUUGUUCUUCAAGCUGUCAUGCCUGACUCCUCUGCAAUGUACUUCGUCUAACUGGAUGGCUAAGCCAGAACUUAAUUUGCGACCAAAAUACUACCAGAGAAAUUAUUUUUCAUUAUACAUAGCAGCACUAUGGUAUAUGAUCAAUUUGCUUACUAUCGCCGGCACCGGAGACGUGUCUUCUAGAAACGCCUUUGAAAUGGUGGAAACAAUCGUUAUCAUUGUUGUAAUUAAGUUCUGUACAGGCCUUCUAAUAUCCGAAAUGUCAGCUAUGAUAUCCGCUCAUUCGUCAUCUCGAAUCGACUACGAUUACGGAAUAAAUGAGCUUCGAGACGGUUUGCGUGACAUGGAUCUGAGUGACCACCAGAUGAACAAAAUGUGGGAUUAUGUUAGAGAGCUUUGGAACAGGCAGCAGGGCAAGCAGAUGCCUGAACUCGUUUACGAGCUACCUUUUCGCCUCCGCUGCCAAGUCAUGCAAGCGGUAUACGGCUCGCACAUCAGAGAGUCGGUUAUAUUCAGUAGAACCGACGCAGACUUUAGGAGAAUGCUGGCUAUGUGGAUAAAUCACUGUGUCUUCUUCCCGGGAAACUAUAUCGUGCAGUGUGGCGAUUCCGACCAAUGCAUUUACUUUAUUCAUCGAGGAGAGGUGGAGGUUUUGACCGUGCAUCCGAAUUUGACCGAGUCUAUUUAUGAUGUUUUGGGACCUGAAGAUUGUUUUGGUUUAGCCCAAGGUCUUUUUGUUGGCGUGUCACACCACUUCUCAUUCCGCGCAAGAACCGUGGUCGACAUUGUAUACCUCAAGUUAGAACAAUGGAAAUAUUUGUUAGACUUCUAUCCGAAAUCUGCCAAAAUGGUUCAAAAGAAAGUUCAAAAUGUAUAUUUGGCAAUAUGAGAUAUUAUUAAGAAUAUGUAUAGAGUUAUUUGUAGUUUAUAAAUAUAGAUACACGUAAUUUAAAAAUGUUUUAUUAAUUAUCAUUACUAUUAAUGGAACAUAAAGUAUGUUU